AUGCGAGCCACCAUAGAUGACCCUCAAGCAGCGUUGCCCCGUAUCCUCUGCCUCCACGGCGGCGGCUCCAACUCCCGAAUCUUCAAGGCGCAGACGCGCGCGUUGCGAUAUGAACUGUCCAACUAUUUCAGAUUUGUAUUCGUUGAAGGGCCCUUUGACUCCGAGCCCGGGCCGGACGUGACAUCAGCCUACGAAAAGUUCGGCCCCUUUCGGCGCUGGUUUCGGUCAGGACCCCAGCAUCCACCCAUUGAUUCGCACACCGCAGUUGCGUGUAUCGAGGAGUCGAUAUAUGCGGCGAUGGAGCGCGACGACCUUCAGGGCGGCACGGGCGACUACGUCGCCGUGAUGGGCUUCAGCCAGGGUGCGAAGCUCGCCGCGAGCCUACUCUUCCGCCAACAGAUCCGUGCCGAGAAACUGGGACAGGCUAUGAGCGGGACGAACUUCCGGUUUGCCAUCUUGUUGAAUGGGCGAGGCCCACUGGUCUCGAUGGAUCCGGAGCUGGUGAUGAACACGGCUCUCAUGGAUGCGUCGCAAAUUGCGUUGGAUCGGCCCGUCACGUUGGAGGACCUCUGCCGCAAGGAGCAUGUACUGCGUCUGCCCACGAUUCACGUACACGGUCUUCAGGACCCGGGGUUGAUGCUGCAUCGCGUGCUGCUGCGGGAGUAUUGCUCGAAGAAUGCGAGACUGGUGGAAUGGGACGGGGCGCAUCGGGUUCCCAUCAAAACGAAGGAUGUCCUCCCUCUCGUUCAUGAGAUUUUGCAGCUGGCGAAGCAAACAGGGGUUGUGUUCGCGGCCUGA